UGUACUUGUCUUGUGUGUUGUUAGUUGUGCCAUUGGGAACGAGAAGUCAUCGUCAUCAACAUUUUAGAAGGAAUGACCUAAAAAGUACCAACUGACUAGAACCAUGAAGAUCCUAAUAUUGGGCGUUGCUCUUACUCUUUUGUUUAUUAGUGGUGAAGCCCUGGACUGCCAUCACUGUGUUCCCAAGAAAGCUGGAGGAUCAUGUGACCUAACGGUGGAGACUUGUAAGCCAGAGAAGAAUGGGUGUGCAGCAGCCAGGUUCCUCCGUGCGCCCAACGGCCAGUACCAGAAAUGCAUGGCCAUGUCAGACUGUGAGAUGUUGAAAAUGAAUGCCUACAUCGACAUGAAGUGCUGUGAUACAGACAUGUGCAACACAUUCUAGCCUUCACACUGCAUAAGGCUGUCUGAAACUAGUUAAGAAUUAAGGAUAAGAAGGACAUUGAUGUAUUAUGUUCUUGACCUUGAUUUGUUGAUAAAUUACUGUAAUCCAGUGGAUUAAAGUAUUCAUGAGAAAAA